GAAGCUCAACAGCAGUUCUUCGGCUCAGAAUAUGAUCAGACUUUGGUUACGGAAAGAAGCCUCGCACUGGCGCUGAGAGAUCUUGGAAGAAUUUUUGAGAGUGAAGAAUUACUUCGAGAAACAAUAAAAAGGUGUACGAAGGUGCUAGGGAUGAAGCAUCGCAUCAACUUGGAUAUGGAAGCAAAUCUGACCGAAAUUUUCAACCUACAAGGCAGAUUCACGGAAGCCGAGGAACUCACAAUGGAGGUCUUAAAGAUAUGUGAAGACGUUUAUGACUCGGAACAUGUAACGGCCUGCCUGUCUGCUGUGGUUCUCAGCCGGUCAUACUAUUUCCAAGGCCGAGUGGAAGCGGCCCUGUUAAGUGUUGCAAAGGCUUUUCAGGGGUAUACGAGGGACCGGUGCCCUGAUCGCGAACUGACCAAAGGAUGCGAGAGAAGAAUGACUGAACUCAAUCAAGAGAUGGACCACCUUCGAAAAUCUCAAAAUGACUGUUUACCAAGCACGAACUCUCCGGUUCAAACUCCCAGUGAGUUUUCUGGGCUUGCAGAUUCCCAUCUUCGUGGCUCAAGGAACGAGUUUUUGGAAGUUCUCUAG